UAUACCCCAAUAAAGAUGUUAAAAAAAAAUACCUCACUAUUGGACCAAAAGAAGUUAAAAGGUCACUUCCAGGGCGAGGUCUCAGGGGACGAGGGAACUACAUCUCACUGUCCUGGUGCAGCCUCCACUGGUGGGACUUGAAUAAGUUUUCCGGUUAAGGUUUUCCGUAUCUGAGGUCAACGCAAGGAAAGCCAGGAACUCGACCCAGGAAGCCUAGUCCUAGAGCGGCACGAUUGCUCCGCCCCCUUGAGGCCUAUGGAAGUAUUUCUCUAGAGUAAACUAUCCACCACAGCCGGGGCUACUGGGCAACACAGAGGCCUCCACUUCUAGGGGCGGAGCCUAGGAAGGGGCGGGGCUUAGCGUGAGGAUGCUUUGCGACUCAGGUUCCGCCGGCGUCGCUCCCAACAUCCUCGGCCCACUCCUGCGCAAACCACUCCACGUGAGGGCCUGAAGAUUCACACAAGCAAGGCCGAGCCCAGCAGCUCCCCUAGAAGCCAGAACUGAGGGAUCCCGAGAGGCGCCUCCAGAGCUCCGAAGGCUCCUCCUUCGUUCCGCAGUCCUGCGAGCCAGCGCCCUGCUUCGGCCUCACCUGUCAAACCGAUCUGUCACUGCCUGCAGGACCCAGCCCUUCCUCGCCUACUGCCAGGCCCCAGGCCCGCGGCCACAUUGAGAAGAUGGGCAGCCGGCCCCGCAGCCCCAGCGCCUUCCCUGCGGACCGGUGGGGACCGCAUCCCGGAGGACCGGGCCCUGCCAAGCGCCGGCGAACGGAGGAGCCCGCGGGCCCCAAGUCCAAGUCCAGGGCGGCAUCCAGCCUGGACAACCUGACCUGGCCCCCGACCGUGGACACUCUCAUCUUCGUGGUGGUCCUGCCCGCCGGCUGUGCCCUGCACGUGCCCCUGGACGACGUCGACCUGCUGCUGGAGUCCGAGCCAACGUCCGUGCUGCAAGUGUCUCUCGGAGAUCACAUCCUCAUGCUGGUCCCUGAGGCCCUCCUGGGCCCGGGUGUGGAAGGCCUGUGGGGACAGGGCCUGGGACGGGGCGCUUUCCUGAGCCCUCCCGGGGAGCACAUGGCCCCGGAGCCGGGAUUCUUGUGCGCAGCUGUCCCAGAGAUCGCCUGCCAAGAAGAGGUCAACGAGGAGGACGCGGAUGCUGACGCCGACUUCCUGCCGGCUGGGACAGAUGCUGCUGCAGUCUCAGUCGCUGGGCUCCGCCCCUCGGCUGGAUGUAUGUCUGGCUUCCACUUGUUGGGCCAAGCUUCAGAGCCGUCCCCUCGGACGCCCAACACUAGUCCAGAGAGACGCUCUCCUCACCACGAUGACUACCUAGACUUGCACCUUCCAGAGCCCUUCCCUGACUCACCACUCCAACCUCUACCUCCCUCUCCAAGUCCAGGUCCUCACCAGCGUCCCCAGCGCCCUCAUGGUCCUCCACGCAAGAUCCGGAAAUGCCUGUUCCCUUAAUCAACUGCCUCCCACAAUUCCUGGCCAACUCAACGGGGACCAGGAGAGAGUCUUCUGAUAUUGGCUGUGUGUACCUUGCACACACCGUAAGAAUCAUAUGAACAGACGCUUUAUGGA